AUGUCCAUCGACGAAGAGACAACCUUUUUACAAGCCGAAGAUGAGGAAGGAUCUUGUAUCACAACAAGCAGCCCACAUUAUACUGCCGACCAUGAUGAUAUCUUUGGCAGUUCGGGCAGUCCAAUGGAUUGGCCAACGCCAUUCAAAUGGCGGACCGUGGCCAUGCUAGCCUUUGCAGCGUUUACAGUAUCAUUUAAUUCCAUCUCCAUAUUCCCAAUAGCAAACUUUGUGGUCCACGAUCUAGCCGCUGAUCACGUAACCAAGGCGGAUACAGUACUCAUGGUCACGAUAUGGGAGCUUGGCGAAGCUGUAGGGGCGCUUCUCAUCGCACCCCUGUCUGAGAUGUUCGGGCGAUAUCAUCUGUACAACGCAUGCAACGUGGUCUUCAUUAUGGGAGCAACGGCAACAGCGCUCUCACAGAGCACGACAGUGUUCAUAAUGGCGCGGGCGCUUACAGGCAUGGCAGUGGCAUCGAAUGUGUUGAACCCAGCCAUUAUCGGAGAUAUAUACCCAUCGGAGCAGAGAGGCUCUGCCAUGAGUGUCAUCAUGCUCGCUACGCUUGCGGGCGGUAAUCUGGGUCCAGCCCUGGGCGGAAUCAUCUCGCAAAUUCUCGGUUGGCGCGCUGUGGUUUGGAUAGGCGUUACUCUCGCCGUGGCCUGUGAACUGGUGUUCCUAACGUGUUUCAAAGAGACAUAUCGCGCUCAUGUUUCCCAGAGAGACAACGCCAAGCUUCUCACGGAGUCUAGUUACGCCUUUGAUGGAACGGCUGGCUUGGACAAGAAUCUAUCCGGUCUGCGAACUGCGGUGAUGCGGCCUGCCCGUUUGCUCUACGGCUCUGGCGUGUUGGCGUGCCUGGCCUUAUUUGGGUCCGUCAUAUUCUCCUUCUUUUAUGAUGUCCUCGUGACUCUUCCAAGUGUUUUGGAAGAGACAUAUGACCUGUCACCGGCGGCGGUAGGGUCAUCCUUCUUGGCAAACGGAAUCGGUUCCUUCAUUGGUAUUAUGAUUUCCAAAAUGUACUUGGACAAGAUCUAUGUCAAACUAAGAGCGGCCAACAACGGUGUCGGACAACCAGAAUAUCGGCUCCCCGUAGCCAUCAUCGGCGCCUUCAUGUUGCCCCCGGCGGUAGCACUUUACGGUUGGUGUGCAGAAACCCAGCUUCCACUUACACUGCUUCUUCUGUCUGUGGUUGCGAUGCGCCUGUCCCUGAUGCUCGCCAUCGUGCCACUCAUGACAUAUAUUGUCGAUGCAUUUGGUCUCUACUCGGCGUCUGCAAUGAGUGGCGUCAUCGUGCUUCGGUGCCUUGCAUGCGCCUUUCUAUCACUUACCACUGUUCAAAUAACUGAAUUUCUCGGCGACGGCUGGGGAUUCACCUUGCUCGGAGCUGUGUGCAUGGUUCUCGCCCUGAUUCCAGUCAUGAUACUGCGGUAUGGCCAGCACUGGAGGCAACGGUGUAGAUAUACCAGCCUUUCCCAGGAUUCUACAGAACAUCUCCCAGUUGCCUGCAUCGAAGGAUAG